UUGGUCAUUACAAGUCGAUAGGUUAGGAAGUAAAAUACCUACGCGCGCGUUAACAACAGUUCAGCGAAUAUAAAAAACAAGAGGGAAAAGAUUACGUACGCAAAAGUAAACGAUAUAUAAAUGAGAAAUAAACAAAGCAGCGACAGCAAUGCACUUCGCAAGAUGGAGAUAUUUUAAGUGCCUAAUGGUCUUUUUGCUCAUUAGUUAUUUUGUACCACAGGCAAAAGCAAAUCAUAAACAUUUCAAUUACUAUUUAGCCACCAAUGACUCACCAUCGUAUGGCAUUAAUCGGCCCGAGUAUACGCCGGUCAUGGCUGAAAGUAAAGAAGCUGCGGAGAAGGAAGAAAGUAUAAAUUAUAAUUUGCUGGAAUUUGUGAAUGAAUUUCAUUUGGAGCGUUCAUCGAUAGUGUUUGGCUUAAUUAAGGUAGCUAAUGCAAGCAAUGUAAGCUCUCGGUGCCAUUUCCAUUUGAAAAACAUAGAAAGAGGAGUUUUAAGAAAAGACUCAUGGGCUAUCAAAGUUCUAGAUGCUUCCGGCACUAAGCCACCGGGUUUUGUAUUUGGUCAAAAUUUUUGGCUUGGCAGUCGUGAGGGGUGUGACGCGGUUCGACGGCCACUUGGUAUUACUUUAUCAGCGAAUUUUCCGCGCAUUAUGCAUAAUAGUCUUAUUAGUGAAAUAGCUCCGUUCGAAGUCGACUAUCGUGUAAUCUAUCUAAAGCACAAUUCUCCAUGGCAGGUCGAAUUGAAGGUUAUGUCCGAACAAAUUGUCCAUAUUGGUUUAUGCUUGCCAUCUUCCUGCGCCAACUCAGAAAUAGAGAAACUAAUGAGUAUAUAUGUGCAGCAAGGACCCUUUGUCGAAAACGAUAUUUACGAUAUAAAACCGGAAGUUGUUUAUAUGAAAGAUUUAAAAAUUAAUAAAAGCUUUUACCAACGAGCAAGUUUCAAAAUAUUUAGCGCUUGCUUGAUUUUCACCUUAACUAUGAUGGUGAUGGCUUCCUUUUUAAGAAAGAAACGAUCGCCAAAGCAAACGGCGGAUGAGGCGACCUGUGAACCGGUCAUCGUUUUAAGUACUUUACCUUUAUCUAUACAACACUUUGUUUCGUCUUUUGAUAUCCAAGAGAAUUGGUCGAAAUUGUUUACUACCAAACCGGACAAUAAUUCUAUUGCUGUUAUAGACGGUUUACGUUCUAUGUGUGCCAUAUGGAUUAUGCUAUUUCAUGUAAUGUGGUUUAUGUACUUCACCGUAAACAAUAAACCCGUUCUAGUCUCAUACGCUGAAACCGGGAUUUUUCAAUAUUUAAGCUCCGCCCCAAUUCUGGUAGACGUGUUCUUCACUAUUAGCGGCUUUUUACAAGUUCAUAACUUUCUAAGCAAUAGUCGAAAGUUGGAAGCGAUUCGCGCAAAUAAUUUUUGGCAAAAUGCUAAACAGUUUGCAAAAAUGUUGAUUCGUCGUUAUUUGAGACUUUGUCCUUUAUAUCUGGUGCUUAUUGUUUUAGUCGAUUUGCUUUACGCUUACAUCGAUAUGGUAUCGGUCUAUCAUAUUUACGAAAAAUUUGACGAAACCUGCAGCAAUUACUGGUGGCGUAAUUUAUUAUUUAUACAAAAUCUGUUCGCGUACGAUGAUAUAUGUAUUAACUGGAGCUGGUCUUUGGCUUGCGAAAUGCAGUUCUUUCUUCUUGCCAGUGUAUUGCUUUUCACAUAUACGAAGCAUCCAAAUCUGACGAAAGUGUCAACGGUAACAGCUUUAGCAGCAAACGUUAUAUGGACUUAUGCGAUCGGUUUAAAUGUGAAUUUCGAAUUGUCAUUCGAUACGUUCCUGGCAACUGCUAAUUACAUCUAUUUAAGUCCAUUUGUUCGCAGUUUACCAUAUAUUAUGGGAGCGAUGGGAGCGUGGCAUUUAAUAGAGAAUCGAGAACGUCUAAUAACGUUAAGCGAGGCGCAUAUCAGCCUGCGAUGGAAUUUGGCAAUACUCGUAUUUUUCAUAUGCCUUUUCUCAACUGCUAAACGUGACCUCUCAAGCUUGGGAGCCGUUACGUUAAUUGUUGUCGGACGUUUAUGCUUAUCUGCAGCUAUAUGUUGGACGGGUAUUGGGAGUGCGACAGGUCGUAGCUGUUGGUGGUCACAACUUUUAGAAGCAAAAUUAUUUCAACAUCUCAACAAAUUAUCUUAUGCCAUAUAUUUGCUGAAUCCUCUGGUUAUAGUGCUUCUCUUCAGUUUAACGAGUGCCAGCAUUCAUGCCGAUCUCAUUAUGAUGAGUAUUUUUUGUGCGGGCUUUGUGGUCAUAAUUUACCUAACGUCGGUCAUAUUUUCGUUGACCUUUGAAAUGCCGUUCUACAAUUUCAUCUAGGGAUAAAAUAAACUCAGUCUUUUUUUUUUUAGUGCCUUAAGAAACAAUUAGUGAAUGCAUUU